CUUUGUCGUGAAUCAUGAUGUGGCCAUUGUCCACAGUAGAAGGAGGUGCGCUGCUGUCGUUUCGCUUAGUUGCUUGUGGUUUCUGUGUUCUUGUUGAAUAGUGAUUGUGGAAUUUAUAAAUUCGUAGUGUGGUAUUUUAUAGCAGCUGAAUCAGUUCAUCCCGGUACCGCCAGAAGCACGUUGGUGAAUAAACUUUUUCAAAAUUCUUUAAAAGUAUCUUUCAGAUUGAAGAUCAAAGAUGGCCAACCGCGGCGGGGCGCAGAGGCCAAACGGGACUCCUCAGGGGAAGAUUUGUCAGUUCAAGUUGGUGCUACUGGGGGAGUCGGCUGUUGGCAAGUCAAGUCUUGUGCUGAGGUUCGUCAAGGGCCAAUUCCACGAGUAUCAAGAAAGUACAAUAGGAGCGGCUUUCCUGACACAGACUGUGUGUCUGGACGAUAUGACGGUCAAGUUCGAGAUUUGGGAUACGGCCGGACAGGAGCGCUACCACAGCCUCGCUCCCAUGUACUACAGAGGUGCUCAGGCAGCCAUCGUCGUCUACGACAUCGCCAAUCCAGAUACGUUUGGACGCGCCAAAACCUGGGUGAAAGAACUACAGAGGCAGGCAUCGCCUAACAUCGUGAUAGCGCUGGCUGGUAACAAGGCGGAUCUGGCCAACAAGCGAAGUGUAGAGUACGAUGAAGCGCAGGCCUACGCCCACGAGAACGGUCUACUCUUCAUGGAAACAUCGGCCAAGACAGCUAUGAACGUCAAUGACAUUUUCCUUGCAAUCGCGAAAAAGCUGCCGAAAAACGAGCAAGCCGGAGGUGGAGGCACGAGCGGCCAGGGGCGGCGGCUAGUGGAGUCGGAGGCGACAACGAAGGCCCCCGGCAGUUGCUGCAAAUGAUCACUCCCUGUGCCACUGCAACACCGUCGUGUACUCCAUGCGUAGCCGGUGGGGACAUGUUGUAUGGGAGUGUCACUGUUGCGGACUCAUAUUUUGGUGAUAGGGCUGCGUUGCGUUCCAUUCUCUGUAUAUAUAUUUCACUUUUAUCUUGCAUAUUAUUUAUUAGAUACCCUUAUAGAAAUAUUAAUUCAGUAAUUAAUAAAUUCCUUCGUUGUACGGCCAUUGGAAACCUGUUGGAAAUUUUCUUUCUCCGCGGAAAGAAUGGGAGUUUGCUGUGAUGAUGAGAUAUCAGGUGUGAAAACGAGCAGCUCGGCUCACCGCCCGACGUGUGCAUUUUAUUACUGUUAGUUAAUUGAUUUGUGAUGAUAAAUUCCUUUAUUCUCUGUUACUAUUCAUUUUAUAUCAUUUGUAUAGAGUGAAGUUUAUUUAGAUUUUUAGUAAAUAUUGUGUUUAAAUAUAUAGUUUGUACAAUUGUGCGGCUGGAUAUCGUGGGUGGACCAAGUUUUCACCGGACUGCCCAUUACGACUUUCCAAAUGUGGUAUAUAUAAAUAUUGAAUAUUGUAUUGUUGUUUUACACUGUCGAUAAUAGUAAUAUUGAUAUAAUAUUGAUUUAUAGAUGUAUUAACAUUUUCUAAAUAAAGCUGUGUACUUUUAUUCUUUUAAUAUUACUUAACCGUUAAAUUGAGAAAACAAUAUUUUGUGGUUACAUAUAAUGACAUAUGUUGUUACUAUGCUUGAGUAAAUAAAUAUAUAUAUAUGCUGGCGAGAGCCAGUUGUUGUAAUAUAAGAUUGGCUUGUCUUGCUUUCUGUAUGCACGACAUUUAUCAUGAUAUUGUACAGGAUACUAAGUAAUAAAAAUUAUUGAGUAAAA